AAAAGAAUCCUGUUCGUGAGGAUAUAUAGCAUAACAUCCAAGUGUUUUCUUCCAUUCAUUGUUAUCUCUUUGUUAAUGUUCUCAUUUCCCUCUCUCACACACACACACAUUCUAUAAGACCAAAAAGCAUCUUCAUUCUUCACCUUUGUAUCUUCCAGGUAUAAUAUAUGCCAGGGAAUAAAUACAAUGGUGAUUCAAAUCAUAUACCGGGACGUGUAGAAAGGUUGUUAAGAGAUAGAGAGUUGAGAAAAAGAGGAAGUGAAAACAAUGACUACUUGGAGCAGGAUCAAGAGAAAGAUGAUGUUGAGAAACUAUCAUCAUCGUCGUUAAUAACUGAGAGAAGACAACAAGAAGGAGAUGAUGCUGUUGGAAAGUAUGGUAGUAGUAAUAGACAGAGGCUUUUGGUUGUGGCUAACAGAUUGCCCGUGUCCGCCAUUAGAAAAGGUGAAGAUUGUUGGUCUUUGGAGAUAAGUGCUGGUGGCCUCGUUAGUGCUCUCCUAGGUGUGAAGGAGUUUGAGGCAAGGUGGAUAGGUUGGGCCGGUGUCAAUGUUCCAGAUGUGGUUGGACAGAAGGCACUCACUAAAGCCUUAGCUGAAAAGAGGUGUAUCCCGGUAUUUCUAGAUGAAGAGAUUGUUCAUCAAUAUUACAAUGGCUAUUGCAACAAUAUUUUAUGGCCUCUUUUCCAUUACCUUGGGCUUCCACAAGAAGACCGUCUUGCCACCACGCGUAGUUUCCAAUCUCAAUUUGUGGCCUAUGAGAAAGCAAAUCAAAUGUUUGCUGAUGUUGUGAACCAACAUUAUGAAGAGGGUGAUGUUGUUUGGUGCCAUGAUUACCAUCUUAUGUUCCUUCCAAAAUGCUUGAAGAAAUAUAACAGUAAAAUGAAAGUUGGGUGGUUUCUUCACACCCCUUUUCCUUCUUCUGAAAUUCACAGGACACUGCCGUCUCGUUCCGAGCUUUUGCAUUCUGUUCUUGCAGCUGAUUUAGUUGGUUUUCACACUUAUGAUUAUGCAAGACAUUUUGUUAGUGCCUGUACUCGCAUCCUUGGACUUGAAGGUACACCUUAUGGGGUUGAGCAUCAAGGGAAGCUAACUCGAGUUGCCGCCUUUCCAAUUGGGAUAGAUUCAGAACGAUUUAUACGGGCGCUAGACCUUCCUCAAGUGCAGGAACAUAUCAAAGAAUUACAAGAAAGAUUCAAAGGAAGAAAGGUAAUGUUAGGUGUUGAUCGCCUUGAUAUGAUUAAAGGAAUCCCUCAGAAAAUUCUAGCGUUUGAAAAGUUUUUGGAAGAAAAUGCUUAUUGGCGCGAUAAAGUAGUUUUGCUUCAAAUCGCCGUCCCAACACGAACAGAUGUUCCUGAAUAUCAAAAGCUUACAAGUCAGGUUCAUGAAAUUGUUGGUCGCAUCAAUGGUAGAUUUGGAUCAUUGACUACUGUUCCUAUACAUCACCUGGAUCGCUCUCUUGACUUUCAUGAACUAUGUGCUCUGUACGCAGUUACGGAUGUAGCACUAGUCACAUCUUUAAGGGAUGGAAUGAAUCUUGUGAGUUAUGAAUUUGUGGCCUGCCAGGAGAAAAAGAAAGGGGUUCUCAUUCUUAGUGAAUUUGCUGGUGCAGCACAAUCUCUUGGUGCCGGGGCAAUUCUUGUCAAUCCCUGGAACAUUACAGAAGUUGCUACUGCAAUUGCAAGGGCUCUGAAUAUGCACCCGUCGGAGAGAGAAAAGAGACAUAAGCAUAAUUUUCUUCAUGUGAAAUCCCACACUGCACAAGAAUGGGCAGGAACUUUUGUCAGCGAACUAAAUGAUACUGUUAUCGAGGCACAACUAAGGACUAGACAAGUUCCGCCUAGGCUUCCAACAGAGAUUGCAAUUAGACGUUAUCGACACUCAACUAAUAGAUUGCUCAUAUUGGGAUUCAAUGGAACUUUAACAGAACCGGUUGAGAAAACUGGUGAUCAGAUUAAAGAAAUGGAACUUAAGGUGCAUCCAGAACUGAGACAACCCUUAACAGCACUUUGCAAUGAUCCAAAUACCACAGUAGUUGUGCUCAGUGGAAGUGGAAGAAAAGUUCUAGAUGAUAAUUUCAAAGAAUAUGACCUGUGGUUGGCAGCAGAGAAUGGGAUGUUUUUACAACCUUCAAAGGGUGAAUGGAUGACAACAAUGCCGGAGCACCUGAAUAUGGAAUGGGUCGACAGCGUGAAACAUGUUUUUGAGUACUUCACAGAAAGAACACCGCGGUCACACUUUGAUUUUGAAGAAAGGGAAACUUCACUUGUAUGGAAUUACAAAUAUGCAGACGUAGAGUUUGGAAAACUUCAAGCAAGAGAUAUGCUGCAACAUCUCUGGACAGGUCCGAUUUCUAAUUCGUCAGUUGAAGUUGUUCAAGGCAGCCGAUCGGUUGAGGUUAGAGCUGUUGGCGUUACAAAGGGAGCAGCUAUUGACCGCAUCCUAGGAGAGAUAGUUCACAGUAAAUCAAUGACAUCGCCGAUUGAUUAUGUUCUUUGUAUAGGACAUUUUCUCGGAAAGGAUGAAGAUCUUUAUACCUUUUUUGAGCCGGAGCUUCCAUCUAUUGGUGUUGGUCUUCCGCGAAGUAAUAAGUUACCAACAGAAGCAGUUAAGUUUUCAGUUGAGAAGAAACCAGCUUUGAAAAUUCCAGCUAGUAGUAAAAAUGGAGCAAAGUCAUCAUCAUCUCAAAACAAGGCUCAAAAGGCAGUCUCAAAUUCUGAUCAGAAGAAAACAAAUAAUCAAAUUUGCAGUUCACUGCGACGCCCGGCUCCAGAAAAUAUAUCACGGAAUGUCCUUGACCUUAAGAAGGAGAAUUACUUCUCAUGCGCUGUUGGACGAAGCCGAACCAAUGCUCGAUAUACACUUGCCUCACCCGAUCAUGUUGUUGAGUUUCUGAUGGAACUAGCGGAUGCAUUACCGCGCUCUUGUUAAAUAUAUUUUUAGUCUAUGUAGGAUUGAAGAUAAAAGAAUUGUUUUGAAUCCCUCCAUAUAUGAAUUGUUAAAUAUCUAACUACUUUUGUGUUAAGUAAGAGUGUAUUCGACAGGUGUUGGAGUAUGUAGUUGUCAAAGGAGUUAACUUUGAUAAAGUCUAAAUUUGUGUAGUUUCAACAGAGUCGAAUUAGUUUACUUCGACAGAGUUGAACUUAAUAUUUUGUAUCAGUUGAGUUAGUUAUUUUGAGAUUACUUGGAUUGCAAGUAAUCUCAUCAUAAAUAGAAGGAUAAUCUAUGUAAUCAUAACACAAAGAGAGACCACUCUGUGAACACUUUCAAGAAAUACAAUUCAGUGCAGCUGGACAGUAAAAUACA